AUGGAUUCUAAUAGAAAACAAGUGCCAGGAGUAUCAAGCUUUAUUAGAGCAGACAAUCGGUCUACAGUCUUCAAUCUUGAAUCAUUUACAUGUUUGUGGCUUGAUCAAAAUGUGCACAUAACACAAGAUAAUCAAGAAACUCUAAAAGAAUUUCGUCAAAUAAUCAACCAUCUUCGAAUAUUUGAUAAUGCUAAUGAAUGUGAACAGUACAUUCAACAAAUUACACACGAGAAAAUAAUUCUCAUUGUGUCAGGCUUCUUAGGUGGACAGAUUAUUCCUCGACUUCAUGAUCUUCCACAACUUGCAGCAUGUUAUGUCUUUUGUCAUAAUAAACAAAUGAAUGAAGAAUGGGCUAAAUAUUAUCGUAAGGUAAGCGGUAUUUUCGUGCAACGUUCGGAGCUUGUUGCUCAAAUAUCAAAAGAUCAAAUUUUUCGAGCGAAAGUAGACAAUGGCCCUUCGGUUUCUGUAUUAACCCAACAUGCGCAAUCCAUUGAAGCUCAGAAUGCUAUCUUCAUGUGGUUUCAAUUAUUCAUCGAAGUUCUUGUUCAUAUGCAUCAGAAACCAACUGAUCGUAAUGAACUUGUUGAUAUUUGUAAGAAAAAUUACAGUGAUAAUCCCCAAGAACUGUCUAUUAUUGAUGAAUUUGAAAAGAAUUAUAGAGCAGAAAGAGCCAUCUGGUAG